CCAUCCUAUCAAUCGUCAAUCCAAUUUUUAGAGAAAAUCAAAAACAUUCAGUUAGAAGACAAUGAAAUAAUGGCGUUCUUUGAUGUUACAGCAUUAUAUACUUCAAUCAGUCCAAAACUAGCCCCAGAAACUAUGCAACAAUUACUCUAUAUUGAUGAAAACAUAAAAACACAAUGUUCAACUUGGAUAGAACUCAUAAAAUUAUGCCUUACAACAUACUUCCAAUUUAAUACUCAAAUGUAUGAACAGAUAAAAAGGAAAACCAAUGAGAUCGCUCAUAUUAGGAUUAAUAGUUGAAGCCGUCAUGCAAAGAUUAGAAUUAAUAGCUCUAUCUAUAAUUAAACCGAAAAUCUGGGUACGUUACGUUGAUGAUGCAUUUGUAAUAAUUAAGAGAAAUGAUUCAGAAUAUACCAAUAAAUUAAUAAACAACAUAUUUGAAGACAUGAAAUUCACCACAAGAGAAGAAGAAUUAAAUGACAAAUUCCCAUUUUUAGAUGCCUUAAUCAGGAGAACCAAUACAGGAAAUUUAGAAACACAAGUAUAUAGCAAAUCAACGCACACAGAUCAAAUACUCAACUGAACU